GUUGUAUAGAUCUGAGCACACCCAGGCAGCGCACAUACAGUAGAGUGACGCGACAGAGCUGCCCUCAGCGCUGUUGUGUUGCACUGAUCUGAAUGACAGCUCUAUCAUAGGAGCAACAGCUCACAAUAAUGACACCUGAAGGACUUACCUUAUUUUGGGGAUUGUUCACUCUCCUCAUGGUGCUCAUGCCUGAAGGAAGAUCUGGGGAAUGUGGGUGUCCAGCAGCCACCAUUUUGACUCAAUUUCCAUCAGAUAUACCUAAGGACACCUGCUGCUUAAACAACUCAGGAUCCACAUUCAACCAGGUGCCUUGGGUGGCUUUUUCAUUACAGACACACCUGCAAGUUUUGGAUCUGACUAACUGUAAUAUCAGUCACAUUGAUCACAGUGAAGUUGGAGAGACUUCCUUGAGAGAGCUAUAUCUUAGCCAGAACAGACUGUCAUCUCUUCCAGCUGACUUCCUCACCAAAGCCUAUAGUCUGGAAGUGCUGGACCUGGGAAUUAAUUAUCUGACGCAUCUACCCGACCGAUUUCUGCAGAACUCCGACAAUCUGCGGGUGCUGAUCCUUGGACGGAACCAGCUGAGCUCUCUCCCAGGCUCACUCUUUAAGCCUUCUCUACAACAUCUGGAGCUCUUUGAAAAUCCCUGGGCUUGCACAUGCACACUGUGGGAAGGGCUCCAGGGUGGUCGACAUGAAAACUCUAGCAUCUUUCAGGGUCUAGUUGUUAAUCUGACCUGUGCCUCUCCUCAAAAUCUUGCAGGACGGGCGGUAUGGUCUUUGCAGACUAGUGACGUGUGCCACUUGGCCAACCUGACGGCUCUCUUCAUUCUUCUUCCUCUUCUCCUUCUCCUCAGUUUGGUGCUCUGCUGGUGCUGUGGCAGGAAGAAGAAAAGGAAAGAGACCCUGUCAUUCAGUCCAGCUCGCAAAAGGUCUAGCAGCUCACAGUGCAAUAGAUGGUGGCCACAUGCCAAACUGCCCACUGGGGAGUCACCAGCAUCUGUAGACAGUGGAAAGGAGGUCAUACUGAGGAACCAGAUGAUACUUCAGCCCUCGUCCACCCUGCUAGACAGCACUCAGGACAUCUAUGAGGAAGUGGAGAUCAAACUGGGCUCUGUGGACUCGCUGGCCCGUCCACCGUCCACUUGCUCCACUAAAGGGACUGCAGGCAAGCAGGACCUGGAUGCAGUGAGUGUGAGCGAGGUGAUGAAGGACUCAGCUGAUCGGGAGAAAGCGUACCUGACUCAGUCCACUGAAUACUACAGCUUAGUACCAGGGAUUGAAAUUGAGGAUUCAGACCAUGCUGAGUAUGAGAGUGUGGACCUCUCAUGACAUUAAAGGAAUGCCCUCAUUUUAUAUAUGGGAUUAUUAUUAUUAUUAUUAUUUUUUUUUUUUUUGUCUAUGUUGUUCAAUUUUGUUAAACAACAAUGUUGUUAAACUUUUCUUUGGAUGCAAAAAGUACAACAAAUGUUGUAAAGGAAGUGACUGCACCAAUGCAAAACCAUUCCUUUUGCGUACAACAUGAAUUAAUUACUGCACUGAUAAUGUGUCAAAUGGAGCUGUUUGCAGACUCGGUCUGUUGUCAAGGUAAGCUAUCAUAUAGCUGUCACCUGGAUAGUUUCGUUAUAUUGAGAUUUUUAUACUGUAUGUCCUCCUGCAAAAAAUAAGUUUUGCGAACGUUUUAUUAUCAUAAUAUUACUUUGUGUUUCACAUUCAGUUGCAGUGCAUAUGUAUUUGUUGUUGCAUAAAAUAUAAUUGUAAAGGAGAACAAUAAUUUUCUUUAUCAUAUAUUUGCAUUCAUGGAUAAAUUCUAGAGACCUGCAAUUCUCUAUCUAUUACUUGAUGUAACUCUUAAAAUGUAAUAUUAUUUGUAUAACCUAAAUGGUCUGGUUGAUUUAGAUUAAAUAACAUUUGUUACUUACCACAUGAAGCAUAUUUUUUAGGUUACUUGACAAAACGUUUAUUACAGUGUUUGAGAGUUUGGCAUGUUUCUCUUUUUUUUUUUUCUUUUUUUAUGUUUAUGGUCAUUCUAUAAAUGAAAUGGUAGAACAACAAAUCUAGGCCAAUAUCUAAAAAGGACUUCUUUAUCUUUUCUCUUUUUUUAGUAACAAAAGGAUACUUGGAAUUAUGGAUGUGUGGAGUUCCACUGGAAAAUAAUUUCUGUAUGAAUUUAAUUUGAGUAUUAAUAGGUAAUCCUUAAAGUGUGAAAGGCACUACUCUUGGCUUCAAAAAUUUAUUGGACAAACAUUAAUGUUUUAAAGGCUUAUGUUCAUUUCUUUUAGUCUUAAUUGCAAAAUCUACACUCUAAUGCAAAUGCACAACAUUAAAUUUAUAUGCAAUACAAUAAACUCUUUAAUAUAAAAAUUUAAAAUUUGUUAAUUGUUCUUGGACACAUUUGCCCUAAGGGACAAUAUAAUUUGAUUAAAUAUGACAUGAAUAUACCACUUUCAGAGUCUCACACUGGCCUUCACAAGACACAUUUAUCUGCUUCUGGUAUAGUAUAUUUUUAUUAAACAUAGAAAAGAUAUUUGUAUAGAAGUAGCCUGGGCAUUAUGAAAACCAGGAACAUGUACACAAGGCUGUAAGGCCUACGUGACUAUUGCUAUGAAAAACACACGCAUGCUGUCUUAGCUUACCUAAAAAUUACCAAAAAAAAAAGUAGUUUUUAAAAAUGGAUUGGUUGCCAGUAUUCCACCAUUAGAUAGAAGUCAGAAGGUCUGUUAAAUAAUGGUGGCAAAAAGUGGGGAAGCAUGCCCAUUGGCUAAGAUAAAAGAAAUGUACGUUUACUGGCUUAAAGGUGAUAACAGUAAUUUAUAAAAAUGAGAGGUUUGAACAGGAUAGUCAGAUGAACAGCUGGCACCUCAGGUUUUGUUGUUUUGCUCAAUAAAGCCUAACCUUUGACAU